AUGCACUAUUCUGGUGUACAAACUCCUGGUGUACACCCUCCAGGUGUACAGACUACUGCUGUACAUCCACCUUGUGUACAUCUCCUGGUGUACAGUCCCCUGGUGUACAGUCCCUUGGUGUACAGUCCCCUGGUGUACAGCCUCAUGGUUCACAGCCUCAUGGUUCACAGCCUCAUUGUGUACACACUCCUGGUGUACAGACUCCUGGUGUACAGGCUCCUGGUCUACAGGCUCCUGGUCUACAAGCCCCCUGGUAUACAGUAUUCUGGUUUACAAUCUCCUGGUGUACAGACUACUUCUGUACAUCCACCUUGUAUACAUCUCCUGGUGUACAGUCCCCUGUUGUACAGCCUCAUUGUUAACAGCCUCGUUGUUCACAGCCUCAUUGUGUACAUACUCCUGGUGUACAGAUUCCUGGGGUACAGCUUCUUGGUGUACAGCUUCUUGGUGUACAGCCUCAUUGCGUACAGACUCAUUGUGUACAGCCUCAUUAUUUACAGCCUCGUUGUAUACGGCCUCGUUGCAUACAUGAUCCUGGUGUACAUAUUGCUCCUGUAUAGCUUCCUUUUGUAUAGACUCCUGGUGUAUUGCCUCCUGGUGUACAGAACCCUGGUGUACAGCUUCAUUGUGUACAGCCUCCGGGUGUACAUCUGA